GGUGCGGCUAACUGUUUGUUGUAUAAAUAUCAACCUCUCUUUCGAAUCAACAUCCUUUGAAUACAUAAGUCCCUAUUUAACCAAUCAGUCAGGAAUGGUGGCUCUCCGGUUUGUUGUUGUUUGUUCUGCAUGUCUCCGCUGGUUUCACUCAGCGGGCUUCCUGUUAGGACGGGGAGGAGGAGGAGGAGGUCGGGUCAGCCAGGGUGAGGAUCCGACGAUCCGACCCCAGCUGAACCGAUGAGUGGGGGAAGAAACUGCACAGAGCUUUUUAAGGAGGAGAAACAUCCAGAGACCUGUGCUGCUCCACAUGUCUCCUAAACCUGACAGAGGAGAUUCAUCAAAGGCUUCAGAAGCUGUUUGAUUUAUGGUGCCAUUAUAGCACACUUUACCCCGAACCACCCCAGAAAGGUCCUCGACCACCUCAUCGCUCCUUCAGGUGUGAAAUCAGUGUUGGAACAUGACGGGUCAGACUGUGGGAGGUGUUGCUCAAGCACUGUCAGCACCCUCACUGCUGGCUGUAGAGGGACCAGAGUCAAGGCCUCGAGCAAGGGCUGCAUCCUUCACUGAAGAGGCUGUUUCCAUCCUCACCUCCAGGGGAGGCCAGUUGGCCCAAACCCUCCUUGGUCACACAUUUCCCUUCCAACACAAAGAGAGCCUUGCCAACACAGAAGCAAGAGCAGGCAGUAGCUGCGAUGAAGACAACGUCAACAGUGCACGCCGCAAACGAGAGUUCAUCUCUGAUGAUAAGAAAGAUGACGGUUAUUGGGACAAGAGGAAAAAAAACAAUGAGGCUGCCAAGAGGUCCAGAGAGAAGCGGCGAACCAAUGACAUGGUGCUGGAGAGGCGAGUGCUGGGCCUGCUUGAGGAGAACGCCCAUCUGAGGGCUGAGGUGUUGGCUCUGAAGUUUCGCUUUGGCCUGGUCAAGGACCCAUCUGAUGUCUCAAUCCUACCAUUGUCUGCACCACUCCAUUCUCACCCAACACCCAGUGCAACAAAUCGCUACCAGCCUCACACAGAUGGAUCCUCAUACCCGAAACACACACACCACGUCCUUUCUCAGCCCCCACAUCAGGGUCCCAUCUAUGCACAGAGAGGAGCUGGGCCUUUGUCACAUCAAAGUGUAUCUGAGGAGUCCAAUGUCUCGACCUCAUGUAGCUCAAACAUGGGCAGCCCUGUGUUUUUUGAUGAAUCUCCAAAUGAGCAUCUUGGGCCUUCUCCGAGGGAGGUGGUGAAGGAGCAGCAAGGCUACGACUCCCACACCUUUCCCCUGGAGGUCAACAAGCAUCAGUAUGUAAACAGACAAGACUCACACGAGGGUUUGAGGAGCCUCCCUCACAAGCUCCGCUUUAAAGGGCCCUCUUGUUGCAACGAUGGAGGGGACAUUUCUCCAUCUUCUGAUACCAGGCACAAUGGACCCCCUGUAGCCACAGUGUGGCCUAACAUCCAGGUGAGGAACCAGCAGCAGGCAGGACUGGAGGGUCAGAUAGAGAGUCAGGCCCCUUGGCCCAGGAAGGAGGCAUAUGGUGGUAUUGGGGAGCAUUAUCAGGGUCUGUCCUCUCCUCAUUAUAACUCCUUCUCUCUUCAGAGCACGAGGCACACCAAGCAUUCAACAGAGGACUUCAGUCUCAGGUCUCAGAUCAGCUGUUUGUCUCAGGAAGUGGCUCAGCUCAAGAUGCUUUUCUCUCAGCAGCUGCUCUCCAAGAUCGCUUAAAGGACUAAAGUUAGCAGACGGAUUUCACACUACACCUUCGCAAACCAUCGAUCUUACAGACUGCUGAUACUCUGACAGGAGAGCAUGGUCCUCGUGUUAACAGCUACCUCUGAAGUGACAAACCUUACUGACACCUGUUUCACUGGAAAAGCUUAAGAUGGUCGGCACAUCACUACCAGAGAAAACAACAACAUCUAGUUUUUAAUAAUGUAUUAUGUGUAAUGAGUGCAAAUCUAAAAGAGAUUUCUGUGUUAUUCAUCUACGGAACCAGGACAGGCAAAAGCAUUUUGUAAGUGUGAUCUAAAUUGUGGAAGAGACAGUUUUACACGUGUAAUCUUAUCAUAUUUUACCAUCAUCGACAACUGGUCUGGAUACAUGUAUUGUGUGAUCUUUGAUUACACUAUAAUCACCGGCCAAAUGUUUUUUUAAAUUUUUUUUUAAUAUAUGUUUUGGGGGCUUUUUGCCUUUAAUCGGAUAGGACAGUGGAGAGUGACAGGAAAGUGGGAGAGAGAGUCGGGGUGGGAUCCGGAAAGGACCACGGUUCGCGGGCGUACGGUGCAGGUGCCCCAGCCAGUUGCGCCACGGCCGGGGCCAAAUGUAUUUUUAAUAUGUUUUACCAGAUGACAUUUCAUUAAUUUACAAAAAUCAUCAUAAGGAUUUAUUUUCUCUCAGGGCUUCUGGAAUAACCACAUGUCUUUCAAUCAUGAUAAUUCCUCAGAUUUGAAUGACGCUAUAUUUCUGGAUUCAAAACGGGUCUGUCAGAAACACUGGACAUUACCUUGGAUACAACACAUAGUACACGGUUAAAUGUAUAACACUUUAUUCACUCAACUCAGAUGUACAAAAGCCAUUAUUGUCUGCAGUGGGACAAUUCAUAGGUUUUUAACACAAAUACUGUAUAUAUUAUAUGCUUUCCUAAAGAAGACGAAAAAAGACUGUACACCUUUUAUGUUUUUGUGAUCUUAAUAUUGCUUACUGUAUCUGAUUUCUAUGAAUAAAAUAAAAGUGUAUUUUAUGUAAA